UUCGUUCGGUUGCCGAAACGGUAUUGAGAAAACAAGUUAGUCAAGUUUGGAAAAUUCAUUACAAAAUGGGGAACAACACGACAAUAUCAUGGACAGAAACAGGCAUCCUGUUAGACUACCACUCAUACUUGAUAGCAUGCGCCAUUUUGAUAUGCAUCGCAAACUGCCUGGUUUUUGUCCUGUUCUUCACCAACGCGUCGCUACGAACUAAUGGAAAUUACUUAUUGUUUAGUCUAGCUAUUUCGGAUUUGUUCGUUGGUCUAAUUGGUAUACCAUUGAACAUUGGCUGUGAAAUUACCCAAAGAUGGAAUAUGUGUCUGUCAGGAUAUUCCGUGAACCGCUUCAUAGCAAUUUCUACUGUUUAUCACAUCUUCUGGAUAACAUUGGAGAAAUACGCAGCGAUCCUCUUUCCUUUCAAGCAUAAACUACAUUUCGACAGGAUGAAGGUAAAGCUCAUCUGUCUCAGCACGUGGCUGGGUUCAAUUUUCCUUAGUGUCAUCGAAUUGACGUGGCUAACGAAACACAACAACCCGAACGAAGAUUAUUCAUAUGAUAUUAAAAAAAAGGUGAUGAUCUACAAUAUCUUCAUCUUUGCUCUGGUGUUUGUAUUUCCAAUUUCAGUCAUGGUAUUUGCGUACGCUUCGAUAUUUCUACGAAUUGUGAAGAAGACGUCGAACGGUUUUCUUAGAAAGCACGGAAAGCAGCAUGGUAAGAGCUUCGUGCAUCCACGACACACGAGAACGGCCAUAUUGUUCUUUGGCAUUCUCUUGAUGUUCAUACUUAGCUGGUUUUGGUGGUUCUAUAUAGAAAUAUACUACACGCUGCAUGCGAGUUAUGAGUUGGUGCCAGAAAAAUUCUACGUAUUUCUCAUCUCUCUCAGAUACAGCACGUCCUUUCUCAAUCCAGUUUCGUACACAUUUUUCAAACGAGAUUUUAGCAAAGCCUUGAAGAAGUGCGUGAAUAGAUUACGACUUGCAUCCACAAAUGAAAUGCAGCGCAGCAACCAAGCCUCCAUGACAGCAGUCAGCAUUGCAUUUAAGGUUCAGCCAACAUCGUCUUUGAAUAACGUGUUUACGAUCACUCGUGAAGGCAAUGAAGACGUGACGCCAGGCAACAAAAUUGAACGUUCAAAAAAAACAGCCGAGUAGAUUUGUGUGAGACAAUGCUUGAUUAAGGCACAACGAUUACGACUAUUCAUGCUGUAUCUGUAGCAAAGCAAGCCCGCAUGUUUUAGUCAGGGUGGUUUUAGUCUUGCCAUGCAUAAAUUUCAACAAAUUAUCAUUUUCAUUUCUUUAGAAAUCUAUUGUUUGUCUGGACUAAAUAAACGAGUUUCGCACGCCA